AUGGAGGAUGUGAAGCUGAGGAGCUCUUCGGGCAUAGCCAAGGUCACUGGCGUAGCGCUCUGCCUGGCUGGAGUGUUCACCAUCGCCUUCUACGCCGGGCCGUCAAUAAGCCCUCCCAACCAUCACCGUGCCUUCGCCUCCGACCCAGCACCAGCAGGCUCGAAACCAGCAGUUCCGAAGGGGACUGCGGUGCUAAAGGAUUAUCCAGACAAGUUAGUUGUGACUGUGACGGAGUGCCUGUUCAGCACGGUGCAAACGUUCGUCGUCGCGGUGGUCGCAGAGCGGGACUUUUCCAAAUGGAAGCUCGGCUUCAACAUCAGCUUGCUCGCCAUCUUAUACUCAGGUUCUAUGGUGACGGGAGCAUCCUACUACCUGCAAACUUGGUGCCUACAGAUGAGGGGGCCCAUGUUUUUUGCUGCCUGGACCCCACUCUGCUUCGUGUUCACAGUAUUUUGCUCCUCAUUCUUUCUCGGAGAGAUUGUUCACCUCGGCAGCAUCUUGGGUGGAAUUUUGCUGGUCGGAAGUCUUUACACCAUCCUGUGGGGUAAAAGCAAAGAGAGUAAGGCUGAGGAUGUCGCCGAUGACACUGAGAAAGAUGAGCAUAAUAAGAAAUCUUCACAGGGUUACCUGGAAGAGCUACAGCAUACUACGGCAGAGGUCAAGGAAUCAACGUUGACAGGCUCGUCAACUUUGCAUGUCCAAGAACCAUGA